ACAGCCGCUGUCAGUCGGCGCGUAUUCAUACCCGCGCCAAUACCUCUUCACAGCGUUGGCACAGCAGCUGCUGCUCCGUCUCUUUCUUGUGGCAUUCGUCGCACGUUCCGUCAGUGUGUAGUUCUCUUCUGUAAAUGCGAAAUAAUGGCCGCGGAUCAGGCUCAGUUUCAUCAGCUGCUAAAUUCCAUGCUUUCGAAUGACAACGAUGUUCGAACACAAGCCGAGGAAGCGUACACUAGCUUACCAUGCGAGGGCAAGGUAACACAUCUGCUGGGUGCGGUACAAAAUCCGCAAAUGUCCCUCGAGGCGAGAAUGAUGGCCGCUGUUCUGUUGAGGCGAUUGUUCUCCGCUGAAUUCCAGGACUUCUACAGUCCGUUGCCGCCGGAAUCGAAAGAACAGCUGAAGCAGCAGCUGUUGCUCACCCUCCAGCAGAACGAAAGUCCCAACCUGCGCAGGAAAAUAUGCGAAGUUGUAGCCGAGGUGGCCCGCAAUUUGAUCGACGACGAUGGCAAUAAUCAGUGGCCGGAGUUUCUGCAGUUCCUUUUCCAGUGUGCAAGUGCUCCGAAUGUGCAGCUGCAGGAAUCUGCCCUCCGCAUUUUUUCCUCCGUCCCGGGGAUUUUUGGAAACCAGCAAGCUCAGCACCUACAGCUCAUUAAGCAGAUGUUGAUGAAAUAUUUGGACCCAUCUUCCGACACGGAAGUGCGUUUCCAGGCGGUUCGUGCCGUCGGAGCGUUCAUUCUGCUACACGACAAGGAGGAUGAUGUCCAGCGACAGUUUAACGAUCUUUUGCCGCGUGUCAUCAUGAUUACGGCGGAAAGCAUUGACCAACAAAAUGACCAAACACUGAUCAAGCUGUUGAUCGAUAUGGCCGAAAGUGUUCCCAAAUACUUGCGGCCGCAACUUGAAGCCAUUUUUGAGAUGUGCAUGAAGGUGUUCAGUAGCGCUGAUGUGGAGGACAGUUGGCGUCAUUUGGCGUUGGAAGUUAUGGUUUCCCUUUCGGAGAAUGCCCCGGCAAUGGUUCGCAAGCGCGCGGAAAAAUAUGUUGCCUCAUUGAUUCCACUGGUUUUACAAAUGAUGACCGAUCUGGAAGACGAUGCGGAGUGGUCUGUAUCUGACGAAAUUUGUGAAGACGAUACAAGUGAUAAUAACGUAAUCGCCGAAUCCGCCCUGGAUCGAUUGGCAUGCGGGCUUGGAGGAAAAGCCGUGCUACCUCAUAUUGUCGGUAACAUUCCAAACAUGUUGAGCAGCCCAGAUUGGAAGCAGCGACAUGCUGCUCUGAUGGCCAUCUCUGCCGCGGGUGAAGGUUGCCACAAGCAGAUGGAAACCAUGCUCGAGAACAUUAUGCAAGGCGUCCUGAAGUUCCUCAUGGAUCCUCAUCCACGAGUGCGUUACGCUGCAUGUAAUGCUAUUGGACAGAUGGCCACCGAUUUCGCUCCGAUUUUCGAAAAAAAAUUCCAUGAACAAGUUAUUCCGGGUUUGCUAAGCCUGCUGGAUGACGUUCAGAAUCCCCGUGUACAAGCCCAUGCAGGCGCUGCUUUGGUCAACUUCAGUGAGGAUUGCCCGAAGAAUAUUCUCACACGAUAUUUAGAUGGUAUUAUGGCCAAGCUGGAAUCUAUUCUAACGACAAAAUUCAAGGAAUUGGUUGAAAAAGGCACUAAAUUGGUUUUGGAGCAGGUCGUCACCACUAUCGCAUCGGUUGCCGAUACCACUGAGAAAGACUUCGUCAGCUAUUAUGACCGGUUGAUGCCUUGCCUGAAGUAUAUCAUUCAAAACGGAAACACCGAGGAGCUGCGAUUGCUGCGUGGUAAAACUAUCGAGUGCGUAUCCUUGAUUGGAUUGGCUGUUGGUGCGGAGAAGUUUAUGUCCGAUGCUUCGGAUGUUAUGGAUAUGUUGUUGAAGACUCACACCGAAGGCGAUCUGCCCGAUGAUGAUCCGCAGACUUCGUAUCUCAUAUCUGCAUGGGCUCGCAUUUGUAAGAUUCUUGGCAAACAGUUCGAACAAUACCUGCCGCUUGUGAUGGGACCAGUCAUGAGAACGGCAUCGAUGAAACCGGAAGUUGCUCUACUGGACAAUGACGAGGUUCAAGAUGUGGAAAGUGACAACGAUUGGCAGUUUGUGAACUUGGGUGAACAGCAGAACUUCGGAAUUCGCACCGCCGGUUUGGAAGACAAAGCAUCUGCCUGUGAAAUGUUGGUGUGCUAUGCACGUGAGUUGAAGGAUGGAUUCGCUAACUAUGCCGAGGAAGUGGUGCGUCUCAUGGUGCCAAUGUUAAAGUUCUAUUUCCACGAUGGCGUCCGCACGGCAGCUGCCGAAUCUCUACCCUACUUGCUGGACUGUGCUAAAAUAAAGGGACCCACCUAUUUGGAAGGUAUGUGGCUGUACAUCUGUCCGGAGCUGCUCAAAGCAAUCGAUUCUGAACCGGAACCCGACGUCCAGGCUGAACUGUUGCACUCUCUGGCGAAGUGUAUCGAAACACUCGGUGCCGCUUGUCUAUCGAAGGAAGCAAUGGACGAAGUACUCAAAAUCAUCGACAAAUUUAUGAACCAACAUUUCCAGAAGGAAGAUAAACGUGCUCUCGCUCGUAAAGAAGAAGAUUACGAUGAUGGCGUCGAGGAACAGUUGGCCGAGGAGGAUGACGCCGAUAUAUAUUUGCUAUCGCGAAUAUCUGAUAUUGUCCAUGCUCUUUUCCUCACAUACAAGGACGGAUUUUUGCCCUAUUUCCAGCAGGUUGUGCCGCAUUUUGUGAAGCUACUCGAUCCAUCCAAAGCCUGGGCUGAUCGACAAUGGGGACUGUGUAUAUUCGAUGAUCUGAUCGAAUACAGUGGUCCGAUGUGUGCACAGUAUCAGGCUUACUUUUUGCAGCCCAUGCUAGAAUAUAUUAAAGAUAAGCAAUCGGAGGUACGACAGGCGGCUGUCUACGGUUGUGGUGUUUUAGCUCAGUUCGGUGGGGAUCAAUUCUCGAUGACGUGUGCGCAGGCGAUUCAGCUGCUAGUAGAGGUGAUCAUGAUGCCCGGAAGUCGCGAACCGGAGAAUGUAAAUCCAACAGAAAACGCUAUAUCGGCGGUUACUAAAAUACUGAAAUACAACAACAAAGCCAUCACAAAUCUGGACGAGAUAAUUGCAUUAUGGUUCUCGUGGUUGCCAGUGGUUGAAGAUGACGACGAGGCAAUCCAUGUGUACGGCUACUUAUGUGAUCUGAUUCAGGCGAACCAUCCUGUAGUGUUAGGCGAGAAUAACUCCAAUUUGCCGCGAAUUGUGUCGAUCUUCGCGGAAGCAUUCUAUCGCGAGGCAAUGUCCGUUGGCCAUCCGGAAUCGACCAGAAUGUUAGCAAUCAUUAAACAGAUUGAGGCCAGCCCUGACAUUUUCCAAGCGUGCAUUAAUCAAUUGACUGCAGAACAGAAGGCAGCACUCGAGGAAGCAUACCAAACUAUCGCAGUUUCACAGUAAAAAAAGAACUGUGGUAUGUAGCGUAUGAGAUUAAAGUUUAAGGAAAAACUAGAACGCGAGAGAGUAUGGAACGUUUUGCGAAUGAGAGUGAGAUCACUAGGAGGACCAUCAAAGGUUGAUGUAUUGGACAGGGAUAGACGUGAAUGUAUUAGGUUUCUUUAAUUUUGUCGCUGAUUUUCUCUCAACAAUCACAUUUGCAAGUCGGACAUACGUGCACUAGAGGAAAAUAGGAAGAAGGAAAAAAUCAGAGCACAUAUUGAGACGACACACUCUAAUAUUACCCAAAACUCCUAGGAAUGAUUUAGGAGAAGAACGUAUAUAGAAUUAUAUAGUUGUUUCUCAGCAGCAAAUACUAGCUUACCUUUACCAAGAUUAUGUUUUGUAAUUAUUUAAUCACAUUCGUAAAUUCUUCCUUUACAACAAGACGUAUUUUUACAGUUUAAGGAAGAUUCUACUGAUACACCAGUUUGAUUGCGAGUCGAGAAGAUACAGCAAACAAUAUGAAACAUUUUCGGAAGAUUAUUCCGCUUAAAAGUUCAUUCUGCUGUUUCAAUACGGGUCAAAAUCUACAUUGUGCCGGUACCCAGAUUGUACACAUUUGACAAAAAUGUUCCAUUCCCGGUCUUAUAUGCGGUUCUAAAUGCAGGAAUGAAUUCUUGGCAGUUGUCUAACAGAAGAGGUAUUUCCGCAAAAGAAAUGUUUUCGAUGGUACCUUGAAACAGAAACGAUUUCGUGUUUCCUGCAAAUAGGGAUUACAAGUAUAUUUUCUUCGACAGAAAAACUCGAAUGAAUAUUGUGUAUAUAAAAACCUCCCUAGGCACAGAUAUUGCGUAUAUUUUGUAAAAUCUUAUUAUAAAGUGGUGGUAUUCGUCCAUUCAACGUUUCGAAUUCCGGUAACAACAGGCUGUUAUUUCCCAAGGAAAUCAUAUUUUGGUAGCGAAAAAUUAUGAAAGCCGCAUAUUUUGAAGAAAAUGGCUAAUCUCACAUUUCUUCCAUCGUUUACCGAUAUGUUGUUUUCAGUGAGAGAGAUGCCAAAAUUUACUAGUUUACUUUUCAUGUUCUACAGACGUUUCUCUUUUCAAUAUCAUUGGUGUGUCAUUGAACGGUCACGAAAUUUCCGGCAAGGAACUCUGAAAAUAAUGCACCUUUUCCAUAUUAAAAGGCAAACUCUAUAUAUAUAUAUUAUAUGAGAAUAAAUGAUAUUCUAUUAUCGAAAUCAA